AGCCUCUGUGCCGGGGGCGCGCCGCAGGUUCUUCCUCGGGGCCCCUCGCCGCGGGGCUUCGCCUUCGCCGCGCGCCGCCGCAGCCCGCCGCGGACGGGGCCUGCAGGCCGGCGCCUCGCGCGCGGUCGUUGCCGGGUAACGGGCCCUCCCCGGGGGCUUGCGCGUCCGGGCCCGGCUCCCGGGGGCCGCCUCAUUCCGGAACCCUCGCGGUCUCCGCUGACUGACGGGGCCGCGUCGCUGCUGGUGCGGCGGCGGCUGAAGAAAUGGGAAUCCCUCCGCGGCGUUCCCGGAGCGGCUGCCUUCGCCGGGGGAGCGGCGGCGUCUUCGAGGAAACCGGAAGCCCGUGGUGACCCCCAGGCGACCCGGUUUGUUUUCGGUCUGUUUCCGUGCACUGGGGAAAUCGAAACUCGGCGGCCCUUGGGGGCGGCCGUCCUUAACCUGUCCGGCGGGCUGUCAUGGAUGCACUGGUAGAAGAUGAUAUCUGCAUUUUGAACCAUGAAAAAGGCCAUAGGAGAGAUACUCCAGUCUCAAUAUAUUCAGGGGAUGAGUCUGUUGCUUCCCAUUUUGCUCUUGUCACUGCAUAUGAAGACAUCAAAAAACGACUUAAGGAUUCAGAGAAAGAAAAUUCCUUCUUAAAGAGAAGGAUAAGAAUUUUGGAAGAAAAGCUUAUAGGAGCUCGAAUUGAAGAAGAAACAAGUUCUGUGGGACGAGAACAAGUAAAUAAGGCCUAUCAUGCAUAUCGAGAAGUUUGCAUUGAUAGAGAUAAUUUGAAGAACAAAUUGGACAAAAUGAAUAAAGACAACUCUGAAUCUUUGAAAAUAUUGAAUGAACAACUACAGUCUAAAGAAGUAGAACUCCUCCAGCUAAGGACAGAGGUGGAAACUCAGCAGGUGAUAAGGAAUUUAAAUCCACCUUCAUCAAACUGGGAGGUAGAAAAGUUGAGCUGUGACCUGAAGAUCCAUGGUUUGGAACAGGAACUGGAACUGAUGAGAAAAGAAUGUAGCGAUCUCAAAAUCGAGCUACAAAAAACCAAACAAACGGAUUCACCUCAGGAAGAAAAUCUAAAGAGCAGAGAUCUUCAAAGAUUAAGCAUUACAAGUGAUAAUAUGCAACAUGCAUACUGGGAAUUGAAGAAAGAGAUGUCCAAUUUACAUCUGGUGACUCAAGUACAAGCUGAACUACUAAGAAAAUUGAAAAUUCCAACUGCAAUUAAGAAAGCCUAUACCCCAGGAUGCAUGGAAGACCUCGGGAAAGACAGCACAAAACUGCACUUGGCAAAUUUUACUGCAACAUAUAAAAGACAUUCCCCUCUCUCCCCAAAUGGGAAAACUCCUUGUCAUAGUACAUCUUCCCCUGUACCAGGAGAUAUGAAGGUUUUACCAGAAAAAGCAGUUCUUCAAUCAUGGACGGAUAAUGAGCGAUCUGUUACUCAUGAUGGUACAAACUUUCAGGAACACAACUCUUUGGGCAGAAAUUCUCUGGAAGAUAAUUCUUGGGUAUUUCCAAGCCCACCUAAAUCAAGUGAGACGGCAUUUGGGGAAACUAAGAACAAAACUUUGCCUUUACCCAACCUGCCACCAAUUCACUACUUGGAUCAGCAUAAUCAAAACUGUCUUUAUAAAAAUUAAUUCUGAAGAGAUCAUAUUUGGUCACAAGGAUGCACAGAGAGGAUCUCAAGAAAUUAUUUAACAAACUGAAAGUGGGUUUUGAUUAAAUUUUGCAGAGUUGUUCAGCACAUACAUUUGCACAUGCUAGACCAUAUUAUGUAGUUGAUUACCAGUAUGAAAGAUUGCCAUCCAGCUCUAUAUUGUGGCUAAUCAUCAAAUAUGUGUUAUUAAUAUGUUAAUAAACUAAUGGUGUUUCAAAAGGACAGUUCUACCUUUGAUAAUAUAAAUUUCUGCCUCACAAAAAAUGAGAUUUGAAGUUUUCUGAUACGGUUUUUGCUUUUGAAAAUAAAGUCAUUAAUAUCAGAAAAAACUGCAAGUUGCAUAAAGGAGAAAAAUGUGAAUAGAUUUUAUUUUUAUUGAAUUUACAAUGCAUAAAGAUAAGAAAAAUGA